AUGUCCAAUUCAGACAAAACAAAGGAAGGGGACAUCUAUACAAGUUCAGAUCCCGGUACAGCUCAAACUGAAGAUAACAGGGAAAGUUUAUGGAACAAUUUUAACUCAUCUACGAAUGCAAUUUCUUUCGGGUUUGUUGCGACAUUAAUCGUGAUAUUAAUGUUUAUUAUCAUGGUUAUAUUUGAGCAUCUGUUUAGGCCAACAAAUGCAUUUGAAGAUGACGCCAGAAGGCAAUCGGAUUCCACACACAUGCAGAAACUAGGAGAUCAAGAAACAGUGAUUAUUCUUCUUUACUCCUCCUUCCUCCUCCUUUUGGUACAUGCAUAG